CUUAUUAAAUAGAAAGUAGAUGGCGAGAAGUUUCGCAGAAACUUUUCAAAAGUAUGCUGAAAAUGACAAAGUGCCUGUUUCUUCUUUGAAAGAAUUGAUCCGGUCUUUGUUCUCCGAUCCUUCUGAAGAGAGCGUGAAUAAAGUUUGCGAGUGUGUCACACUAAGCAAAAAUGGUCAUCUGUCUUCAGACGACUUCAAAUUGAUUUGGGAAAAUUUCAUUCAAGUUUUGAUCAAGCCAGUGUCGGCGUUUGUCAUCGUUGAUGUACAGAAUGACUUCAUUUCGGGAUCCCUGGCCCUAUCGUCCUGUCCAGCAAAAGAAGACGGAGCUGAAGUUGUCCCUGUGAUCAACAAGCUCUUAGACGACGUGGUUUUUGACUACGUUUUCUACACCUACGACUGGCACCCUCACAAUCACAUAUCAUUCCACUCGAACCUAAAAACCUACAAAGAUACUCUGCUCAGACCAACACCAGAUCAGUGGGAAUCAGUCUGCAUGUUCGACAGGGUGCAGUUCGAUGGUCGACCGCCGCUGGAACAGACUAUGUGGCCAGAUCAUUGCAUCCAGGGAUCGGAAGGAUCCAAACUGCAUAAGGAUCUGAAGGUAAUCGAAGGUGGCCUUGAAGUGUACAAAGGUUUCAACCCCUGCAUUGACUCUUACUCCGCCUUCUGGGACAACGGAGAAGUGACCUCAACUGGACUGCUGGAUGAACUGAAGAGCAGAAAUGUGACUGAUGUGUAUGUGUGUGGACUGGCCACUGAUAUAUGUGUCAACUUCACAGCCACACAUGCGUGCAAACAUAACUUCAGGGUUGUGUUGGUGGAAGACGCUUGUCGUGGAGUUGAUCUAAGUGCUAUAUCAGAAACGAAACAGAAGCUGAAUGAUCUGGGUGCUAUUAUCAGAACAAGUGACACAAUAGCCCCUCUAGUAAAGGGAGAAGAAUUCCCGAUGGAAUUGGGACUUGUCGCUGCUGAGAACUUCAGAAGGAAGUUUGCUAACAUGUCUACUUAAUCUUAGAGCUAAGCUAACCGGUGCUCAGUCAAAUUCAUCCAAAUACGUUAUACCUUCCCUUAAUCAAGCAAUAAGACCCAGUUAAAUUAAUGCCUAUCUGACAAUUCACAGGCAAAUGAAAACAAAGAACUUAGAGUACUGUUUGAAACAUUUUAUAUCGAAUCUGUCUAUAGCUAAGACAUAAUCGUUUCUGCUAAGGCUCAGCCUUCGUGUGGGUCAAUGGCCUAAUUAUUGCGUCGUUUGUGGUUCAUUUGGUUCUGAUGCCAUAUUACGUUUGAAUGGCAGGAUCUUUUUGUUGGAUGAUUUUGACCGGUCACAGAAUCAAUCUUCUAUCCCUUUCCACAAGAUUUGCCAAAUAAGCAUCGUGUGAAUCACUUAAUCUAUUCUUUUUUUUGUCCUCAUUUUGGAGGUCAUUUUUGUAGUUCUAUCUUUGUCUUAAUGCACUUAAUAAAGCUGCUGGCGGUUAACAGAUGCUAACUCAUUGAGCGGAUCUGAAGCGAUAAAUUGUGAAUUUGACAAAAUUGUAAAUUUUAUGCAUUGUACAUAAAUCUGUUCAGAUCUUAAUUGAGAGGGUAGCUGGCUUACGUGUUUCUGGAAUCGAGAAGGACGCUAUUGAUAC